GUCGAUCAUGUGCAGUUGCACAAGAAAAUGUAUCUCACAUGUCUUAUGCUUUGUGCAAUAUAGAUUCAGGAACAGUGGCUUCAAGAUCUAGGCUACACCGAAGACGACAAUCUUCAGGUACAAGGACGCACAGCAAUACAGCAUCUGAUACGAUUCAUAUACGCCGACAGUGAAGCAAAUUUUCUAUUCCGGAAUCUGUCUGACAUUAUAUCUCUGGAAUUGGCCACAGCAAAAGCCUCAUCGAUGGCAAAUUCAGCAGCACAUCAGAAGUUAAACAGCAAAAGGACUGUCGAUGGCAGCAAAACUUCUCUAUCCAACAGCAGUGACAGACUGCCAAAUGCAAAUUUUGCCGAGGAUUCUGCUCUUGACUUAACGGGGAUGGAUAUGUGGCUGCCUUCCAGAGUAGCAUAUAUUGAAGCCGAGCUCAAACAGAGGGAAUUGCAUGUUUGUAUCGAGGAAGUCUCAUUCCGCAGUAAUAUGCUGUUCAAGCCGCCCGAGUUUUUGACUUCAUUUCUUAAUCUUCGAACUUUAGAUCUCUCGAAUAACAAUCUUUCAAUUCUACCUUCGGGCUUAGCAACUGCAUGUCGAAACCUCAAUCGGUUAGGUCUGAGUGAUAAUAAUUUUCGACGUGUUCCCCCGGGCGUUAAGGAAAUGACUAAGUUGUCUACUCUCGAUCUGAGCUUCAACAAGCUAAAAGACAUCACCAGUGCCGCGUUCCCUGAUCAAUUAACUGUACUCUACUUACACAAGAAUCAGAUAACCGUUUUAGGCGCGUGUCUAGACAAUUUGGUGUCGCUUUGUACGCUCAACUUAGCACAUAAUCAACUUAGGAGGCUACCUGCGCUGGAACUUCCACGCUUAGUUUACCUCAAUCUAAACGGCAAUAGUCUUUCACGAGGAGAUAUGGGAACGCUUCGGCCACAAAUGUUGCUCUGUAAAGCCAAUUUCCUCAGUCUGUUCUCGGUAGACCUCAGCCAACUCACAGAGAUCAAUCUGUCUCGAAAUAAGUUACAAACAUUACCAGAUCUUCCCAAUUUAAAAACACUUAACGCAUCGUCGAAUCAAAUUCAAUUGCUGCCGAAUUUACUGUACAAACAAGUUAUACCGCUAAAAAAGAAUGUACCUCUGCCUACAAAUUGCGACUGGGACAAUACCGACAAUGACAGGACACAAUCUUCAAUCGAUAUAAUAACUCCAGAUAUAAACGGCGAUGCCGGUUUGAACAAAGAUUCGAAUACAAACAAAGAAGUCGGCAUGAGUCGAGACGAAAUCAAGUCUCCUUCCGACUCACAGAGCGAAUUAGGAACGACACUCCACAAACUCCAAAGAGUAACAAGCGAUCAAGCCGAAAUACUCGGCUCCGAAGAAAUGUCGCCAAGGCGACGAAUGAGCGCCGAGACUGCGCGAGUUUCAGGCCUGAAAGCUGAGGUGCAGCGUAUUCCCAUGCAACCUACCAGAGUGUCGCCAAGCACAUCAAGUCUUCAAACUCCACCUAAGUACAAAAAACGUUCACCGAAUAUCAAUCCGCCAACAUCUAAUUCUGCGGGAAUAUCGACCGUAUCAACGCCUCCAUCCUUGUCCUCGAAAGGCACAUGGGGGAAGCGACGAAAAUCCAAAAAUAUGCGAAAUCAUUACCCUUCACAAAAUCUGUGUGCUAUUGAGGUUUUACUUCUAGGAAAGAAUAAGCUCCAAACAGACUGUCUACUGGAUAGUAUCAGCCAAAUGAGCAGUUUGAAGGAGCUGCACCUAUCCCACAACAACAUCAACGAACUUGGACACUUGAGGAACCUUACUAGUUUGAGGCUGCUCAACAUGAAUUCCAACAGCUGCAUGAAUGUGCACAGCGACGUGGAGUAUCUGUCCAAUUUGAGGUCCCUAUCUCUGUGCAACAAUCGAUUGAGUCUGCUUCCUCUUUCAAUGUCAAAAUUAAGUAAACUGGAGAUGUUGGAUUUGAGCAAAAAUAAUAUAAGAUAUGCCGGAAUUCACAGUUGGAUGUGGACAUCCAACCCCAGUGUUCGCGUUUUGAAUUUGGCCCGCAAUAAAUACUUGGGCAUUACGAACUUAGCCGACAUUGCCUCGCUCCCCAAUCUUGAAUUUAUUUCAUUAGCGGGAGUCAUACUGCCGUGUCGAUGCAAGACACAGCAAACAUCGGCCGGUUUAUUGGACUUGUAUUCUAGGUCAGCCUCUGAGACCCAGGCUUGCUCGAUCUGUUUUACUGCCUCCGUACCGGCGAAUCUUAUUAAAACUAUUUGUCUAGAACCGAAAGAUUACCCGAAACCAGAUACAUUGAUUAGGAAAGCAACUGCACGGAACUCGUUCCCGUCUUCAGCAUACGCAUCGCCUGAGGGUACAUUUUCUGCAACCGCGAUAACGGCGCUGACAGCGGAAGAAGCUACCGAGAAAGACAUAGGUCUGCCUGUGCAAUCCGGUGUUGCACAGAGCAAUAUGAACGUGAAAACAAUAGGUCAGUAUUCGUUUACACUGAACGGGAUAGACUUUUCAGAGCUAGAAACGGCGAAAUCUACAUUUACCAUCGCCAAAACACACCGAGUAUACGGCGUUUUCGAUGCAUACGGACCAACAAUGGCCGACAGUCACUCCAGUGACAAUCAGAAGAACGUGUACCAUCCAAAUUCAGUCGCCAGCAUAGCAUACGAAAACUUCAUGCCAACAUUUUGGGAAGCUAUCGGGAGAGCUUUUGAUGGUAUAGAUAUAAACAAUAAUAUCACCCGUUCUUUACGGAGAGCCGUGCUUAGGGUCAACAGGGUAGUCGCUGAGCGUCUCCCAGAAUCAAAUCAAUAUGAGGGCUGUAGCAUGGCUGUAUUGUGUAUGAGUCGAUCGCGUGUCUGGGCUGCGAAUUGUGGUACCACUCUUUCUGUUCUUUGUCGAAACGGGCGAGCCAUGCCAUUGUCUGCUAAACACACGGCAAAGGAUGAGGAGGAGCGGAAAAGGGUACUGCAGAGAGGUGCUGAUGUUUCCGCGUGUGGAGAACUCUUCGGAAUGACCGAAGCUACAAGGGGCCUGGGCAUGUUUGCCCUACAGCCCUUUAUGAACGCCGGUCCCCACGUGGUGGAUCACCAUAUCUCUCAUGAUGAUGAAUUUAUAAUCACGGCAUGCCAUGGGUUGUGGUCUUGUAUGUCGUUUCAAUACGCUGUUGAGGUAGUGCGCCACGAAUAUUCACCGGAGCGUGCUGCACAGACUCUCAGAGAUCGAGCUACGAUGCUCGGCGUUCAGCGACCGAUUACGGUGGUAGUGACGUUCACGCCCAAAAUUCGCCGUGCUGUGCGCAAAGAAGGUUUAACCACCAGUUUGAUAACGCACCAGACGCAAGAUCGAUCAAACGCAGAAGUACCUCCACCUCACGGAAAAGUCACGCUUGUGUUCACUGAUAUUCAGGAUUCGACUGAAUUAUGGGAGGAAGAGGAGGAAGCGAUGAGAGAUGCUGUGCGAAUUCACAACGAGUUGAUGCGAAAACUUUUGCUUGAACACGGAGGAUACGAAGUUAAAACUGAGGGCGACGCCUUCAUGGUAGCGUUCGAGACUUCACAUGCUGCUCUAAAGUGGGCUUUGCAUGCUCAGACUAGUUUAACGGAGACCGUUUGGUCUGAAGAGAUACUCUCGCGUCGGAGCUGUCGCGAGGUGAUGGCUGAAGGGCCGGACGGUAGUCAACAGACCGUGUUCCGAGGUCUGCGAGUGCGAAUGGGUAUCCAUACCGGCUGUCCAGAUUGUGAAGCUGAUCCUAUUACGGGCCGAAUGGAUUAUUUCGGACCGAUGGUCAACCGCUCUGCCCGGGUCUCAGCGAUCGGUCAGGGUGGUCAAAUCGUGAUAAGCAAGCAUGUAUGGGAAGAGGUGGAAUCGUCGCUGGGCCCAGACACCGAAGUGUCAGUAUUAGGAUCAUAUAACCUGAAGGGUAUGAAACAGAAGGAGACUAUACGACAGAUUUUGCCCAAGACAUUGCAUUGUCGGCUGGAAUUCUUCAAGAAGAUCUGUGCACCUCCACCCCCUCCUAUCAAAGUUCAGUCUCCAAUUUCGACGCAAAGAGAGCAAGCCAUUGCACACAAAUCCAUGUCUUCACCGCUUCAUCAAAGUCGAGAGAAAGCAAACAUGAAAAGAAACGAUCUUGCACCAGCCACGAAACCAAUUAUUUAGAAGUAUAGAGUCAGCACUCACAAGCGACGAACCGAUCGCAGUGUACAGCUUUUAGUACUGCCGGUCGGAAGAGAGUCUUAUCGGGCGCUGAUGCAAAUUAAUACCAUAUUACUCAUCAGGAUAUAAGUAUAUCGAAAAUGACUGUUAAUGUACCCGAAUUCGACUACAUUUCCGUCAUCAGCUUCUUUAAGCAACUUCUUUAAGCGAUUUGCAAAAAAAAAUGUAGAUUGUGGGCACCCGCAAGACAUCAAGGACUUCACAACUGACGAUACCUAAAUAUUACUCCGGUGAGAUUGAAUGGGCUGAAAUUUUCGAAAUUUUUCAUGGCAAACUAAUGGAUGCUAAUUUUUGCUGCUGGGCUGCAAUAAGAAUAGCAAUUGGAGUUGCACUGGAAAUUGCAGGUGUUAGAUCACAAAACGAAAUCGUGAGUCACACUUUCGAAUUUCAACUUAUCUAUCAGGGGUAUUGGUGAUGUACUAGAAUAAAUAUGACACUGUUUCCUGGAAAUUAUC